AUGUCACUGCUCUUCCUCAGGAGACCGAAGCCGUUAUUUGUAUCUUCUUCUCCUUCUCAGGCCACCUUCUUCUCUCCGACGCUUACGUAUCUGCUUCUGCGUUCCUUUCACGCUACCGGGAAUAUGUCCGAAUCAGAGAAGAAGAAUCUUACGGAGGAGGAGCUUGAGCGGAAGAAGAAGAAGGAUGAUAAGGCUAGAGAAAAGGAGUUAAAGAAGCUUAAAGCUUUGGAGAAAGCAAAGCUGGCAGAACUGAAGGCAAAAGAAGCCAAAGAUGGAACAAGCACCUCUAAAAAGAGUAUAAAAAAGAGUUCCAAACGUGAUGCUUCAGAAGAGAAUCCCGAGGAUUUUGUGGACCCUGAAACUCCUCUUGGUGAGAGGAAAAGGCUUUCGUCACAGAUGGCCAAACAAUACAGUCCUGCUGCUGUAGAGAAAUCAUGGUAUGCUUGGUGGGAAAAAUCUGGCUUUUUUAAGGCGGAUGUUAAGAGUUCCAAGCCACCCUUUGUUAUGCUUCUUCCUCCUCCAAAUGUGACUGGAGCCUUGCAUAUUGGUCAUGCGCUAACAUCUGCAAUUGAGGAUACAAUCAUCCGUUGGAAGAGAAUGUCUGGGUAUAAUGCUCUGUGGGUGCCCGGGGUUGACCAUGCCGGUAUAGCUACACAGGUUAGGGUUGAGAAAAAUCUCAAGGAAAGAGGAUUGACUAGGCAUGAUGUUGGCCGUGAAGAAUUCUUAAAUGAAGUGUGGAAGUGGAAGAACCAAUCUGGUGGGACAAUUCUAACACAACUACGGCGACUAGGAGCUUCUCUUGAUUGGUCUCGUGAGUGCUUUACAAUGGACGAGCAAAGAUCAAAAGCUGUCACUGAGGCCUUUGUACGGUUAUACAAGGAGGGGCUUAUCUAUAGGGAUAUUCGGCUUGUUAACUGGGAUUGUAAUUUGAGAACAGCCAUAUCUGACGAUGAGGUUGAGCAUAUCGAUAUCAAAGAAAGAACGCUACUACAAGUUCCUGGCUAUGAGAAGCCAGUAGAAUUUGGUCUUCUUACUUCAUUUGCUUACCCUCUGGAGGGAGGCCUGGGCGAGGUUGUUGUUGCCACUACAAGAGUGGAAACAAUGCUUGGGGAUACUGCCAUUGCUAUUCAUCCUGAUGAUGCAAGAUACGAGCAUCUUCAUGGGAAAUUUGCUGUGCACCCAUUUAAUGGACGGAAAUUACCAAUUAUCUGUGAUGGAAAGGUUGUUGAUCGAAGUUUUGGUACUGGUUGUGUUAAGAUUACUCCUGCCCAUGACCACAAUGACUGUGAGGUUGGAAAGCGUCACAAUCUUGAAUUUAUAAACAUCUUCACUGAUGAUGGAAAAAUCAACACAAACGGCGGGUCUGAAUUCACAGGGAUGCCACGCUUUGCAGCACGUGAGGCAGUUGUUGAAGCUCUGAAGAAGCAGGAUCUGUACAGAGGUGCCAAAAACAAUGAAAUGAGGCUUGGACUUUGUCAAAGAAGCAGUGAUGUCAUUGAACCUAUGAUUAAGCCUCAAUGGUACGUCAAUUGCAGCAAGAUUGGUAAGGAGGCUCUCGAUGUUGCUAUCACUGAUGAAAACAAGAAGCUCGAAUUUAUACCAAAGCAGUACACAGCAGAAUGGAGAAGAUGGCUAGAGAACAUACGUGACUGGUGUAUUUCAAGACAGCUUUGGUGGGGCCAUAGGAUUCCAGCAUGGUAUGUCACUCUAGAGGAAGAUCAGCUCAAGGAGAUUGAUCAUGAUGUACUGGAUACAUGGUUUUCUUCUGGGCUCUUUCCAUUAUCUGUUCUGGGAUGGCCCGAUGAAACUGAGGACUUCAAAGCCUUCUACCCGACAUCUGUCCUGGAAACAGGACAUGAUAUUCUCUUUUUUUGGGUUGCUCGUAUGGUUAUGAUGACAAUGAAGCUAGGUGGUGAAGUUCCAUUCAGCAAGGUUUACUUGCAUCCUAUGGUACGUGAUGCACAUGGGCGUAAGAUGUCAAAAUCUCUUGGAAAUGUUAUUGAUCCACUUGAAGUAAUAAACGGGGAAACUCUUGAGGGUCUUCAUGAGAGAUUAGAAAAGGGUAACUUGGAUCCAAGAGAGCUGGUUGUUGCUAAAGAAGGACAAGUGAAGGACUAUCCAAAUGGUAUCCCUGAAUGUGGUACUGACGCUCUUCGGUUUGCACUCGUCGCUUACACUGCUCAGUCUGAUAAAAUAAACUUGGACAUCCUUCGAGUGGUUGGCUACCGUCAAUGGUGUAAUAAGCUGUGGAACGCCGUCAGAUUUGCGAUGAUGAGGCUUGGCGAUGAUUAUACCCCUCCACAGACUCUAAGCCCUGAAACCAUGCCAUUCAGCUGCCAGUGGAUUCUCUCUGUACUAAAUAAGGCGAUAUCAAAGACUGUGGAGUCACUGAAUGCAUUUGAGUUCUCGGAUGCAGCCAACACAGUAUAUGCAUGGUGGCAAUAUCAAUUCUGUGAUGUGUACAUUGAAGCAAUCAAGCCUUAUUUUGCUGGUGACAACCCGGCUUUUGCUUCGGAGAGGGCUCAUGCACAGCAUACUCUCUGGGUAUCUCUGGAGACCGGUUUGAGACUGCUUCACCCGCUUAUGCCUUUUGUUACUGAAGAGCUAUGGCAACGGCUUCCCUCCCCUAAAGACUAUGAAAGAAAGGCCUCUAUCAUGUUAUGUGACUACCCAUCAGCCAUAGAGAAUUGGACAAAUGAAAAAGCGGAGACGGAAAUGGACACCGUUCUAGCGACCGUGAAAUGCCUGAGGGCACUCAGGGCAGAGUUGCUGGAGAAACAGAAAAAUGAAAGGUUAUCUGCUUUUGCUCUGUGCAAAAACGACUCGGCGUCUGAUACUGUAAAAGCUCACGAGUUGGAGAUCAGAACUCUUGCAAAUCUAUCGUCCUUAGAGGUUGUGUUAAAGGGAGAACAUGCAGCCCCACCUGGAUCAGUUGAGACAGUGAACGAGAACCUCAAGGUGUAUCUCAAAGCAGACAGAGCCAUUAGCACAGAAGCUGAACGAGAAAAGAUCAGAAACAAGAGUGACGAACUAGAAAAACAAAAGGAGAAGUUGCAGAAGAUGAUGAGCGUGUCUGGGUACGAAGAGAAGGUCCCUGCAAACGUUAAAGAAGACAACGCGACAAAGCUUGCUAAGAUUCUCCAAGAAUUCGAUUUCUUUGAGAAGGAAAAUGCUCGUCUCCUUGCAGAGACAGGUAAGCAACAAAUGGAGCAGAAGAAGUGA